AUGUCCGGUAGAUUUAUCAAUUCUUUCAACGUGAGUGCGCUUCUCGUACGAGCGACUCGAGCAUCCAUCCCCGCGAAACGAACUCUCGCACAAUCCGCCGUGGCUUUUACAUCGCGUGGCUCUCAGCAAGAGCCUCUGGCCAAGGAAUGGAAGGGAACACAAAUAGAUGAGCACAGUGUUUCACGCGCCAAGCGUGGUGAUACCAAAGACCCCAGCGCCGCGGCCGUGAAAUCUGGGUUGGAUGAGCGAGCUCAGAAUGAGGGGAUGGCUGAUAGCUCCAAGUCGGACGCUGCCACCGAGCGCGGUGGACGCAAGGCCGAAGCCAAGGUGAAGAAAGAACAUCCCGCUGCUCCGGAGCCGGUAAUAGGCAUAAAUGAUGAGCGCGGACAGGUACGUGGUGAAUCCCAGCAAGGAGGUCGAGUCGUCGCUGUCUAG